CACCCCGCCAGCAAAGGCCCCAAGCCCGACGAUGCAAUCAAAUGCCCUCUACCCCGCGAAAGAUACCUAGUAUCAUGAUAAAUUGUUUAAGCUGAAGUAACGUCUGAUGUGACUUUGGCAAGCUUUGCGCAGCCCGCCAUGUUUGCUGGGCACUCUACGUCUAGCCAGAGAUUCAACUCGAUUGCCAACUCGUUGAGGUGGCUGGCGCGAGCCGAGAACGUCCCCGAUGAGAUCCAGCACUGCCUGCAACUCAUUCCGUUGGUGUCUCGCGACGCGCACCAUCUUUGUGACCUUCGCAACGAGAAUCUUGCCGUUCUCCGGAGCACACCGAGCGAGCUUCACAGGAUAAACGACCUCCUCGCCACUUGCGCCAGAAGCCUCGCCGACGUCGAAAGUAUGUUGGAAAAGUACCGGCCACAGGAAUAUGAGGGGAAAGUGCAGGCUAGUUCCACUAUCACAUGGAUGCUGGCCGACUCGAAGACGUUUGCUGUGCGCUCCCGCAACCUCCAGAUCCAUCACCAAAACGUCUUGAAUGAGAUCAGCCACCUAAAGAUGUACCGCAUGAUGGACCCAAUGUUGCAAAUGGCAGAGAAAGCAGACCGUCAGUUUGAGAACCUCGAUCUUCUCAAGGGGCUGUUCGGCAACAAUGGGAAAACAUCAACCACAGAUAUUCAUGCUCCUCAACUCUGCCGGGAGUCGCCUACGACAAAAUCAGAACCCACGUCACAAGCGUUUGACAUCAUGGAGCAUCCAGUGAAAUCUACAUCACAGUUCGCGCCAGCUAGCGAACCACCAGUACCAGAGAACUCCAGUGAUAGCUUGUCGCAACCUCCACCUUACGCACCCCUGCGGCCUUCUAUUGUCGAGCCUAAGAAGACUGCUUCCAAAGCGCCCUCUAUUGGCUCAAAUGAUUCUAGCCGUCCGAGAAUGCCCUCAACCCCAAAGGCAGUUGCCGCAGAGCUGCCCAGAUCACCAGUCCAUCAAACUCGUAAUGAGUUGAGCGUCGCACCUAGAUCCUACAGCAUGCCAAUCAGCCAGCCUGGAAGCGGACUGAAGUCGCUUUUCCAGGCUCCUGUGCCCUUAGCGUUGCCAUCCCCUGAUCAAAGUCCCCCAUCCCGUCCAAAUCCGACGAAACACAGGUCCCUCGGUGCGUUCCCGACUCCAGUGGUAUCCCCCAUGUCCAGCAUGGCAAGUCUACAAUCAGAGGCUUCGAUCCCAACUGCAGCAUACCAAAUUCUCGCCCCCACCCUGGAAACUGCCCGGCAAAUUAGCAAACAAGAAUUACCCUACCAGAGACUCAGGCCUCAGUCUUUCAGCACCGCGAAAGUGCCAAGUCCCCUCCAAACCGUUGACGACGAUGAUGCACAGAACAGUAAGCCCGUGCCACAAGGACGUCAUCGUGGGCUGUCCCAAUUGUUUGUGUACCGACCACGGCCCAUUCCCGACCAGCAAACUGCCCAAAACAGCGAGGCGCACACACCGAAUGAUUUAAUUUUGUUCGAGCUUGAGGGAUCCAACCCAGAUUACGUGCAAGCAACCGAAAUCCGCAUAAAACGGGCGCAACAUGAGAGGAACGCUGAAGAGUCACGGAGCCGACUCGGCUCAGAUGCUUCGGCGUCACAAGCGUCACUUGUGUCUCAGAGGUCGGAUACCACCACCUCGUCAGUGGCCGAGGUAGCUGCGAGCAGAAGGGAUGAAAUAGAUGCUGCAGCUUGGCAGCGCAGAACGCAGUUGUUUCAAGUACCCCAGAUGAAGGAGAGCAGGGGACAGUGAGAGACUUCGGGGCGGUGCUGGAUAUUUGCGCGUUGAAUGCGAUGGAGACAUGAGUGAUGAAUUUGAUGCAUUAUACAAAUAUUAUGACCAUCAGCGGUGUUUCGGGUACAGACGAUAGGGAAGGUGUGAUUAUAAGUCAUUUUGUGGGAUGCAUGCACAUGUGUAACUGGAAAUAAGCCCCUCGACAAAGUUUUGAAUUUCAAUGAUACCAUUAUAUAUUAUGAA